AAUGACAUGAGCAGUAGUAAAAAGCAAGCUUAUAGCGUGGAUGAGUCAAGUACAAUAAUGAUUUCUAAUGGAACCGGUGGAGGUGGCAGCAAUAGCACUGAUGAGGAUGUUGAAUAUACAAUUGCUGGAAGGACACUACCAAGAAAAGGCGAUUUCAAAGCAUAUCCACAGGAAGAAAUUAAUACUGCGGUUGGCCACGUAAUACAUAUGCUUGGACUGGUUGCACAUUAUCUUGGUGUAAAACUGCCUUUCUUUAUGAUGCGCGGUAAAAGCUCGAAGCCUUAUGCAAGUGGCGCAUUAUCUGGACUUGAAAGAAGUAAACGUCCGCUCUUCCUAACUGACCACAAUCUCGAGCAUUUCACGUUUGGAAUGGCGAUGUUGAAUUAUAACAUCGCAUAUUUGUGCCAUUCGCAAGGUGUUGAUAUACCAUUUAAUAAAGUUCCAUAUACGCUUCAGAAUUUGUAUCUAUGCUGUAAUUCGGUAAAUCUUGGAAGAGCAAACAUUUUCACUCGAUUUCGAACAACUUGUGAGCCUGAUGUUUACUCGGAGAUACAGUGA